AUGUCGCUCUUUGGCAAACCAUUUGGCACGACGACCGCACCGACGACAGGUGGCUUGUUUGGGACGCAAUCCACUACGAACACGACAGGUGGGGGGUUAUUUGGCUCUCAGUCAGCCUCGAACACGACUGGAGGAAGUUUGUUUGGUACCCAACCGACUACAGGCGCUCCUGCCACAGGUUCCACGACGACAGGCGGCGGACUCUUUGGAGGACUCGGACAGUCCACAGCAAAUACGACUGCUUCUGCACCUGGAAGCACAGGAACUGGGUUAUUUGGCCAGCCAGCAGCUACCUCCACGGCAGGAACAGGAUUAUUCGGCCAGCCUGCUGCUGGGACGGGGACACUAGGUACUGGGACGACAACUGGACUUUUUGGACAACCAGCCACUGGGACGACUACUGCUGCUACUGGCGGCUUGUUCGGACAGCCGGCAGCAGGGGCUGCCAGUAACACGACUUCUACAGUCGGUGCAGGCUUGUUUGGCCAACCAGCGGCAUCAAAUACGACUCCUGCAGCUGGUGCAGGCUUGUUUGGCCAACCCGCCGCCGGGGCGUCCACAACGCCUGGGGCUGGAGGUCUCUUUGGACAACCUGCAGCUGCGACCACCUCGACACCUGGUACAGGCUUGUUUGGACAGCCACCAUCCACAGGAGGAACGUCUACACCUGGUGCUGGACUCUUUGGCCAAACCGCUGCAAAGCCCGGUGGACUGUUCGGUGGCUCAACAGCUGCACCUGGGACUACCGGGGCAGGUCUGUUUGGGCAACCUGCAGCGCCAAAGCCUGGAGGGCUAUUUGGGACGUCAACAACAGCUGGAUUCGGACUAGGAUCAACGACAGCGCAGCCUCAACAGCAACAUCCAGGUGGACUGAAUGCACAUGGUGCUGCGCUGAUCGGACUGUUGACAAAACUCCAGCAGCUCCAGCAGGCCAUCCAAGCGAGCAUACCACAAAAUCCCCUGGCUGGUCCUACUCCUGUCACAGGUGGCCACCAAGAGAGUCUGGAAAUGGUAGCAAAACUAGGCUCUCUGCUUUAUAGUUUAUCCACGGAAAAAUUUCAGCAUGUAUUCUACAACGUCGUCGAUUCAUCCCAAGUUGGGCUCUAUACUCGGCCUUCAUACGUGAGCGAGGCUCUUUGGGACAAGGCCGUCAAAGAAAACCCAGAUCCACGAUGUAUGGUCCCAGCAUUUGCCUUUGGGAUGGAGGACCUCCAGAAACGAGCAGACGCGCAGGUCAAAGCAGCAGAAGCAUGUAAGGCCAAGCUUGAUGAAAUUCGAACCAAACUCACCACGCUCUCGCAGAAACACGUUAUUUCGACCUCGUUGCGUUCCCAAAAGCUUUCCAACAACCACACCCUCCUAUUCCAAAGAGUUGUUAGACUGUCUCAACACUUGCAUUUGCUGAUACCUCUUGUGCGCUCGUCAGCGAUUCGUCCCGAGGAGGAGCAACUCCGGGGGAGACUAGAGAGCAUGGAAGACGACUUGCGGCGAGGCAGCGAGUAA